AAACGCGAUGAACGUCUUUGGUGCAGUGAGAGAACGUACUUAGAACAAAAUACACAACUAAAUCAAGCCUAAACUUAGACUUUAGCAAUUACAAAUAGAAAGAAAAGCCAAAAAGUAGUCUACAUUUUCUCUAUUUAAUAUUUAAACAACUAACAAAAACAACAAAAAUGCAUAUUUUAUGGUUCUUAACCAUGGCCCUGCUGGCCCUAUGGCAUUUACAACUCUCAACAUGUGAUGACAUUACCCUAACCCAAUCGACACAAACAAACUCUGGAGGCUUACAGCAGCAGCAACAACAACAGAACCCAAAUGGACCGGGUGUUAUGGGUUCGAAUACUCUGACAUCUGGACAAAAUAUAGGAGGCCUAGUUAAUAAUCAUCAGCAGCAGCAACAACAACAACAGCUAACGAACACAAAUCUCAAUCAGCUGGCUGGCAAUAGCUCUCUGCUGAAUUCCCUCAUGAAUGCGAAUGCAAAUGGUAACGUCCUAUCUCCGGCCCUAAGUGGCGUCUUGAGUUCCCUGGGCAGCAGUGGUGGUGUUGGCGGUAUCAUUGGUCAUUCGGGAGGCGGUUCUAUGAGUUCUCACGGUGGUGGAGGUGGCACCAUGGGUAUGGGAGGUGGUGGCGGCGGAGGCGGUCAUCAUGGUCAUGCCCUGGCCGGCUUAGCCAACUUGGGUAUCAUAGUGCCCGGUCAUCGUACGGGAAUCACCAAUGUCGAUACGGGAGGACGUUAUAAUCCACCCUAUUUGGGCAUGGGCAAUAUGGAUGGAAAUAGUAUGCAGCAAGGCGGUGGCAGCAGUAGUCUUGGCGGUUCACAAUACUACGAACAGGAACAUUUCAUAUCGGAGCAUACGGUAAUGGCUGUCUUUACGUCACAGGGCCAGGUGGGUGGACCGUGUCGUUAUAUGCCGGCAACCCGAAGACAAAAUCAUCAGUGUCGCAAAGAGUUCGGUUUACCCGAUACCAUACGCGAAGCACGGCGACUGGCCACCACUCAUUGUGAGGAUCAAUUUCGUUAUGAUCGCUGGAAUUGUUCCAUCGAAAUAAGGGGCAAACGGAAUAUCUUCAAAAAACUCUAUAAGGAAACGGCAUUUGUACAUGCGCUGACAGCUGCCGCUAUGACACAUUCCAUAGCGCGUGCCUGUUCCGAGGGACGUAUGACCAAGUGUAGCUGUGGACCGCGCAAACACAAUCGACCCGAUCAGACAUUCGAAUGGGGUGGCUGUAAUGAUAAUUUGAAACAUGGCAAGCGGGUGACGCGUAGCUUUUUGGAUUUGCGCGGUGGAGAGAGUGAUGAGGUGACCGAGAUAUUACGACAUGAUUCUGAGGUCGGUAUUGAAGCUGUCUCCACCAUGAUGAAGGACAAAUGCAAAUGCCAUGGUGUUUCGGGCUCGUGCUCCAUGAAAACCUGUUGGAAAAAACUGGCCGAUUUCAAUGCCACAGCCACUUUGCUGAGACAGAAAUACAACCAGGCAAUACGAAAGGCGCCCAACACACGCACAAUACGCAGAGAGGCUACCUCGAGUCGUGUCAAAAAGCCCAAGCAGCGACGAAAGAAACAACAAUCCCAAUACACCACGCUGUACUAUUUGGAGACAUCGCCCACAUAUUGUUCCGUCACCAAGGAUCGCCAGUGUCUGAACCAAGACAAUUGUGCGAAUCUUUGCUGUGGGCGUGGCUAUGUAACGCGCGUCUUCAAACAGGUGGAGAAAUGCCGAUGCCGUUUCAACAAUGGACGCUGCUGCCAAUUGAUUUGUGAUUAUUGUCAACGCUACGAGGAUCGAUACUUUUGUAAAUAGAUUGAUUAUUAUUUUUAAAAUAAAAAAAUAUUUUGUAUUUUUAAGCUUCCAUUCUACACAAUGACUUCUCUGCUACUUCUCUCUAACAUUAAUUGAAUCUAAAAAAAAUUUAAAAAAAUUCACUUUAAAUCUUUUCUCAAAUCGUACGAAUCGUGGCGAUUUAGGCAAACAAAGGACUUUUAAGGAUGUGUUUUUUUUUUAACUAUUUCUAUUAUCAUUUUUGUAUUGUAUUUUAUUUCAUUCCUAUUUAUAAAUGUGCGUGUGUGUAUGUUAAACGAAUAGUUCAUAGACAGAAUAUUAAAACAUAAUAAUAAAAAAAAAAUACAAUUAACUAAAGAAAAAACUCGAAAAGAAAUCGAACAAAACCAACAGCAAAAAAAAAUUGAAUAGCAUUACAGCAGAACAGAACAGGCGAAUUGAAGAAAAAGAACUGGCAAAGAAAAAGGAAAAAAAGUAUUUAAAAAAAUCAAAUAACUCAUCAAAAUGUUUAGACACAUUACAACAUCAGACCCCUCUCCUCCUAUCCUCCUCCUUCUUCUCCACCACCCCCAAUCUUCAUCAUCAUAUGACUCGUAUAAUGAAGGCAUAACUCUUGUAUUAAAAUUAAAAAUAACAAAUAAAUUAAUAAUAUUUUUAUUAUUUAAUUGUAUGUAAAGAUAAUGGAAACAAAAAUCAAACACACAGACGAAGAAAAAAACAAGAAAAAAAAAACGAAAAACUCUCAAAAUCUUUCACAAAAAAAAUCACAUGAAAAAAACAACAACAACAACAAAAUAAUCAUAUUGUAACUUUAAACUCUUUUUAAUUUAUAAAAAAAUAUAUUAUAAGAAAAACAACAACAACAAACCAAAAAAAUAAAGAAACAUUUUCAAAUAAAAAUCCAAUAAAAAAUAAA